AUGGACAAGCUCAGGAACACUCCCAAGACCUCUACUAAACCUGGCCACUGCUUUUGCUACAUCCCCUACUCUGGACAAAGACUGACUGACCAUAUUGCUGAUAUUGGAGACUCUUGCUGUUGUACCACCAACAACUGCAGCCCCGCUGCCUACUCCUGUCACGAUGUGCCAAGUGCGAAGGCAAGAGAUGAAGCAGACAUUUUGGGGGUUGUCGAAACUCUUCAAGGGCUCAGCCAUCCACACAUUGUACAAUAUAAAGAUGACUUUACAGAUGAUGCAUAUGUAUAUAUUGUCUCAGAGUAUUGUAGUAGAGGAAAUCUCUCUCAGAAAAUUAAAGAACAAAGUGAGAAAGGAGAACCAUUCACAGAAGAACAGAUUCUGGAUUGGAUUUUGAAGAUCUGCAUGGCAUUGAAAUAUCUCCAUGGCCUCAAUGUUAAACAUGAAGACUUACAGCCUAAAAACAUUUUUUUCACUGAGUAUGGAACGAUUCGUCUGGGAGAAUUUGGAGAGUUACAUGAAAUGUUGGUUGAGGCAGAUCCUGUAAACAAUGGAGCACUGUCAUACAUUUCUCCUGAGAUUUUGGAUGGAAUGCCCUAUGAUGAAAAAAGUGAUAUUUGGGCUUUGGGAUGUGUCCUGUAUGAGCUCUGCAUGCUGAGAUGUGCUUUCAGAGCAGAGAGCACCGUGAAGCUCAUUCCCAAGAUAUUAAAUGGAAAUUACCCACCUCUCCUACACAACAUCUCACACAAUCUUCAGCAGCUCAUAGAGGAGACCCUCCAGACAGAUCCAGGAAGACGACCUGAUGUUCGAGACAUUUUAAGGAAGCCUUUUGUCCUUCGUUUUCUUAGAGCAAGGAGUGUGUCAACUGUUGCAGAGCUAAAUGAAAACAUCAGAAAGUUGAGAGCAUUGGCUGAUGGGCUGGAGAAAGUUCAUCAUGGAGCAACUGUUGGCAGUCUGACAGGAGGAGUGAUUGGAGCAGCUGGUGGAAUCACUUCAAUAGUGGGGUUGAUCCUUGCUCCCUUCACUCUGGGUGCAUCUCUAAUCGUUACGGGAGUAGGUGUUGGGGUGGCAGUUGCUGGUGGUGCAACUGCUGGUAUUUCCAACAUCACUAACAUGGUCAACCAGUCUACAGACCGCCAAAAUAUAAAAAACAUCAUCUUGGAAUUUCAGGAAAAGAUGAACUCUGUGGUUAUAUGUUUGCAGCACAUCACAGAAGGCAUGAAGGAUCUGAGGCAGCAAGUUGCUCUCGAAAAUGAGCAACCGUGUCCCCCUGAAGAAGAUAUGGCAAGGGCUGGGGCCAGAGUUGGUAGGGGUUUAGGUGCUGUUCCUGAGCUUGUUCGUUUGGUCCAGGUUGCAAGCAUAGGAAGGGUGGCAGCUCAGGCAGCUAGGGCAGUGCGUGUGGCUGAAUUAGUCGGGGGGGUUUUCUCUGCGUUUUUUGUGGCUGUAGAUAUUUUCUUCAUUGCUAUGGAUGCCAGAGAGAUCCACAAGAUCCGUACAUCUGCUAACCAAGAGCCAAAGUCAGAAAUUCUGAAGUUUGUUCAGAAGAUCAGAGAGACUGCAGAUGAACUCCAAAUAAGUUUAAAUGAAUUAAGGGAUAUAAUUGCAGAUAUUCCUGAACUUCCUGAUGUAAAUAUAUAA